CCCUUCCCCCCUCCCCGUUCCACUCCGCUAGGGUUUUAUUCCGCCGCCGCCGCCGCAGCACGCAGCUGGAGAGAGAGAGCAGCCGCAGCUCGAGCCCGGGCGAGAGAUGAGGCUCCUGACGCACAACAUGUUGGCAUCGAAGGUCCGGGGCGUGACGACCGUCUACCCGCUGACGCUGGAGGCGGCCAAGUGGUGCACCAAGGAGGUGGAGCUCAACGCCGACUUCAUCCGCGGCCUCCUCCCCAAGAUCGACUGGCGAGCACUCGUCUCCGCCACCCGCGCGCUCGGCCUCCCCGAUCUCCUCCCCGAGGAGCAGCCCCCCGAGGAGGAGAUCUUCGCCGAGGGCGCGGCCGACGUCGAGGGUAGCGCCAUCCGCCGCAUCCACCACGCGCUCCUCGAGAUCCACGUCCAGGAGGGUACUCUCGUAUGCCCCGAGAGCAGCCGCUGCUUUCCCAUCGACAAGGGCAUCCCCAACAUGAUGCUCCACGAGGACGAGGUCUGAUAUGGUGUGUGAGUCCCGCCCCGGUCGUCGCAUAGGGUUCCAGGGUUCGUGAACUAAUCGGAUUGUGUCUAUGAAGUAUGGAAUGUGGAUCGUGACGCUAUAAAUUUGAUAGAUACAUGUGAAGUUCUGCUCGAAAUUGCGCAUUUGUGUCGGUAAAUUUGAUAUGCCUCGUGCUUUGUUGUGAACUGGACAAGGGAUCUGCUGCCCUGUAAUUUCUUGAAAUUGUGGGCUCUUUGGGGUAUGGAAA